ACUUCAGUAGAUGUACUAUGCAUGUGAGCUGAUGACAUCAUCGAGUGCAGUCCUCCUCCUACUCCUCUAUCAGACAGGCUGCUGAGCUGCUGAGGAUACACAGCCACAGGAAUUAUGCCCUGCUUAGCUGCGGCUCUGCCUGUUUGAUGAGGUGACCUAUGCAUACUAAGUAGUUAUAAGUCCGGGGAUAUCCCCGUGGUUUUGUUUAGCAUGAGCAUGGAAGACUAUGACUACCUGUUCAAAAUAGUUCUGAUAGGAAAUGCUGGAGUUGGGAAGACAUGUCUCGUCCGGCGCUUUACUCAGGGCCUUUUCCCACCUGGACAAGGGGCUACUAUAGGAGUCGAUUUCAUGAUUAAAACUGUGGAAAUCAAAGGGGAGAAGGUCAAGCUGCAGAUAUGGGACACAGCUGGACAGGAAAGAUUUCGCUCCAUUACUCAGAGUUAUUACCGUAGUGCCAACGCCCUCAUUCUAACGUAUGACAUUACCUGUGAGGACUCCUUCAGGUGCCUUCCAGAGUGGCUGAGGGAGAUUGAGCAGUAUGCCAACAACCAAGUGGUGACUAUAUUAGUCGGUAAUAAAAUAGAUCUGGCAGAGAAGAGAGAGGUUCUCAGACAGAGGGCUGAAGACUUCGCCGAGGCUCAGAGCAUGCUGUACCUGGAGACCUCAGCUAAAGAGUCUGACAAUGUUGAGAAACUUUUCCUCGACCUGGCGUGCGAACUCAUUCGAGAGGCCAAGCAGAACAAGCUGGAUAACAAUGACACUGCCCCAAUGCCUGGUGAGGGUAAAACCAUCAGUUACUUGAGCUGCUGCAGCCUCAAUUAGAGAGAGCUCAGCCUUCUGGCCAUGGUAACUCAGUAGCCAUUGACUGUAGAGGGCAGAUGGCUGAGCCUCAAUGCCUCCAUCCCUCUAAGAUGGCAUAAAGCCACUUAUUCCUGUCAUUUCUAGCCCCAUGCCUUUUUAAGCUGUACAAGGGAGUUAGUUAGCUUUAGUUUGGCCUUCCAGGAGCAAGCAGUGUAAAGUAUGGCUGUCUGAUGCAUCCAGGAAUCUGAAUAGGGCUCACUUUUGUCCUCUUCAUGAUGAAAUUGCAGAAUUUUCCUCUUUUAGUUUUCAUUACACAUCAGUAUUCACCAGCAGUAUUAUGUGAGUAAAAUGCUCUACCAGGUAUUUUGUCACACCUUCCACAAAGCAGACAAGUUUCAUUAUCAAGGGAGGUUAUCAGUUAAUGCCAACAGUAUGUUUACAUACAGAACAUGUUUGAGAUUAUUAAGUCUGAUCAAGUUGCAAAAAAUGUUGCAAACUUCCCCUUAAAUUUGUUGCACAAUCAUUUAUUUCCCACUACAGUUUCUUCUGUUCUGAGACUUGCGUACAGUUUUAUUAACUUUCAUAAUUUUGUUACUGGGUAGUUAUAAACUGUGAAAUAUUUGUUUUCAGUACAAGAUUUUUACUUGCUGCUAAAAUAUGUUUUUAUGUUAGAUAACAGAAAUUGAAACAUGCAUAUAAAUACUACAUUUAGACAGUAUUCUGUGGUGCCAUUAUUUUGUUUAGUACAGUAUACUGGCAGUGCGUAUGAUAAGUCAGCUGGUUUAGUCUGAAGCAGGGGGAAGACCUCCUGAAGUUGUCCAUCAUCAGUAGAAAUGAUAAACAACUGAAUCACUUGCCUUUUUUUCUGACUGAUACUUUUACCCUUAGACGUGAACAUCUCUGCCUCUGUUGUUGCUGCCUAGCCAUGAAAUUGAAUCAUUUCUUAUUUGUUUGAAGGGGUUUGUUCAUGUAGUUUCCCGACUUGAUGUAUUUCAUAUGCUUUUAUUGUGAAAUUUGAUUGUCCAGCAUGUUUUGCCAUAAUUUUUAGUGUCUAACUUUAUCUUUCAUAUAUUUGCCCUAACUGUAAUGUACUGUAUUGCACAAUGCCAUAUACUGCACACAUAUUUUAUUGUAACAUUUUGUCUUUUUUUUUUUUGUACAGACUUGUAGUAUAGCUUAGCACUUUGCAUUUAUACUUUUUACUUUCAGUAAUCACUUUGUACAAUUGGCAAGCAUUUUGUUUUGCCCUUUACCUUAGCUUUAACAGCAGUUACUUGUUAUUCCCUUAACAUCCUCUCUUCAACAGAAUAUGGGAAAUACAAAGGAAAACACUAUUGGGACAUUGUGCUUCUUUUCCUUUAUGUGUACAAAAAUAACCCCUAAAAAUUACUCUGUGCAUUAACAUUAAAUAAUUACACUACAAGUCGUGUAUUUGUUAUAUGAUAUUGAUUAUUAAAGAAAUUCAAGAGUUAGACAGGCAGAAUGUAUUAUUCCCAGAAAG